GUUAAGUGAAUGAUCGGAGGAUCUGCAGUACCAAAAGAUUGGGUGACUUGAGAGUUUGAGAGUCACGUGAGUUUGAUUUGUUGAUAAAAUUGUUCAUACAGAGUGUUGCACGGAGUGUUGCUUGUAAUUGGGAGUGGCUGUUAUCGAGCGCCCGUAACCCACAAAUACUUUGAAAGGUUAAGAGGAAAGUGACAAGAGUUAUUAUUGUUGGCUGUCACAACUGAACGUCCUGAACCAUAAAUGAUUCAGUCUUGAGGACUUGAAGUGUGAAAAAAUUCCUUCAAAGACAAGAAACAUUUUCAUAAACACCGAGCUAUUUAUAUUGCUUACUCUAAUUGACUUGCCGUUUAUAUUUAUUGUGUUUAUUUCAAAGUAAAGUUGGUCGUUUGCUUGAAAUUCGCGAACAGUUGUCGAAAAACAACCUAGUGAAGUGCGUGAACGGUCGGUUUUCGGAUCGGGAAGAGAAAGACGACCAAGCUUAUCGAUUGUAAUAUUUACAAUUCACACAAAGCCCUCAAUGUUCCAAUUAGAAAAAAGUAUUUCAGGCUACUAUUAAAACCUCAAAUAAAUGUACAAAAAAAUGUUUCAAGAUCUAACAUAGUGGGCUCCUCUCCAGGAGGGGCUGCAGCCAGACCAUCAGGAAUGUUGAUAAUGCCUUCAGUAUUGGAAGAAGUAGAUGACAGCUCUAAUGUUUUCACUCCUCUUGUGGAUUACAGCGGAAUUACAGUCAUACCUUCAAGUCCUUCCUCAAAACCUCUCAAGACAAUUAACGACGUGAGGGCCCUCCUUCAGCAGGGACGUAAACAAGAUGUCAAACAACUUCUUCGGAACAACCCGUGGCCUGUGAACAGCCCCAUCCGCAAGGAGCUGUGGUACCUACUGUGUACCCAGCAUCAAAACGGGAAAUCCAACUUUAUGGAUGGAUUUUAUUGGGACAUGGUCAAUCAAGUGUUCGGAACUACUGAUUUGCCGGAUAAAUCUAUUAGCUUACCCCCUUUUGUGGAGCCAUCACAUUGUCAGUCAUAUUAUAUGACUCACAAAGGGCGGAAUAUAACCGAUCGUGUUGUGUCAGUGUUAGGAUAUGCUUGUCCAGAUAUUGUUUACAGUCCAACCAUUUAUCCUAUUUGUGCACUUCUUCUUCACUUUAUGACAGAAGAAGAAUGUUACCAUUGCAUGGCGAGCCUAGUAGCAUCAAAAGAGAAAACUUUCAUCACUCAAACAAAACUUUUAUAUGAAGUAACUUGGAAGACUGUUAUGCAAAUAUGCAAGAAACAUGUGAAGUCGGCGGCGGUUCAUCUGCAGCGAAAUUUUUCGAGUAAUAGAUCCGAACGAAUUUACAUGGACUGGAUUUGGUGGGUUUUCCAAGGCCUGCCCUUCCAGCAUCUGGUGCGGGUAAUGGAUUGUUUUUUCCACGAAGGAGUCAAGGUACUCUACCGAGCGGCCAUGGCUAUUCUAGUUCUCUUCCACAAGAGUUCGUCGUCGUCGUCGUCGGAAUGGUUGGUCGACAUUCAGAAAAAUGGGGUCGACAGUGCCCUCACGAAGUUCUGCAGGGAAAUCCCCGUUUCACCACAAAAAGUAUUGAAAGUCGCCUUCGGAAUAAGAGGACUGAGUUCUUCUUACAUUUCGAGGGUAUUUUUAAAGACUGAAAUGAUUUUGAAAAGUAGGAAUGUAGUAAAUGGUUCGAAACAGUUAGUGAGAUCAAGGUCAAGCGAGAACUUGCCGAAUAGUCAGAGUCAAAAUAACAUUCAGAUGGUAUCGCACACGCUUACCAUAAGAGAG